AAAAAACUAUUUCUAUAUUUGCAAAUGAAUAUUUAUCAGAAAAUCCUAAUGCAGUAAUUCCUUCUAUUACAACAAAAGAUAAAUCUUCACAAUCUGAAAUAUUUCCAAUUAAUGCUCAAACAGAACUUAUUCAAGAUAAAUUACUUAGAUUAGGAAGUGGAAUUCCAAAAGCAUUUACUAAUGAUCAAAAUAAGUUUAAUAUUGAAAUUUAUGAUAUUAAAAAUAAAACAUUUAAAUUUAUUGGAUAUAUUAUUUUAAAAAUUGAAAAAAAAGAAUUUUUAAAAG